AUGUUCGCUAGACAGCUUAGAUUGGUGCGAGUCGCUGCUCGUCCUCUCACUUUGCCCCGGAUAUGUGUUGCAAGCCGUUUUUACUCGGCAAAGUCCGUGCCUCUCACAGCCGAGACUUACCGUGAAAAAGUGGAGCGGAACCCAAACUUCAAGGCUUUGGAGCUGGCCGAUGUGGACUUCUUUCGGUCUAUUUUGAAGGACGACAACUACGUCAUCACCAAUGAGCAAGAUCUUGAUUUCUACAACGAGGACUGGAUGAGAAAAUACAAGGGCCAAUCCAAAUUAGUCUUGAAGCCUAAAACCACCGAGCAAGUGGCACAAAUCUUGAAGUAUUGUAAUGAAAAGAAGCUUGCUGUGGUGCCCCAGGGAGGAAAUACCGGAUUGGUCGGAGGAUCGAACCCCAUCUUCGAUGAGAUCAUCAUUUCUGUGGCCAACUUGAACAAAAUUCGGUCUUUCGAUAAUGUCAGCGGAAUUUUCAAGUGUGAUGCCGGUGUGAUUUUAGAAAAUGCAGACAACUACUUGGCCGAGCAAGGCUACAUUUUCCCCCUUGAUUUGGGUGCAAAAGGUUCGUGCCAUGUUGGAGGAGUGUGUGCUACAAAUGCCGGUGGUCUUAGAUUAUUGAGAUACGGCUCUUUACACGGCUCUGUUUUGGGCUUGGAGGCUGUUCUCCCAGAUGGAACCAUCUACAGCUCUAUGGAUGCUUUGAGAAAGGACAACACUGGUUACGACUUGAAGCAAUUGUUUAUUGGAUCCGAAGGAACAUUGGGCAUCAUCACUGGUGUUUCCAUUUUAUGUCCUGCUCGCCCUACUGCCACUAAUGUGGCUUUCUUGGCUGUUUCUUCUUAUGAGGCAGUGCAGAAGGUUUUUGUUGGUGCUCGCAGAGAAUUGUCGGAGAUUCUCUCUGCUUUUGAGUUUAUGGACGGCAAAUCGCAGAUUUUGACUGGAAAGUAUUUGAAGACAGACCAUCCCAUCGAGAGUGGUGAGUAUCCAUUUUACGUUUUGAUCGAGACCAGUGGCUCCAACAGGGACCACGACAUGGAAAAAAUCGAAACAUUUUUGGGAAAUGCCAUGGAAGAAGGCUUGGUGGAUGAUGGUAUCAUUGCACAAGAUGAAACUCAGUUGCGUAACUUAUGGAACUGGAGAGAAUGCAUCCCCGAAGCUUCAACGAUGGCCGGCGGUGUUUACAAGUAUGAUGUCUCUAUUCCAUUGGCCGAUUUGUAUGCGUUGGUGGAAGCUGCGAGCGAAAAAUUGCAUAAAGCUGGAAUGGUGGACUUUGAAUCCGAUUCUAAGCCAGUGGUUGAGGCCAUUGGUUACGGCCAUAUCGGUGAUGGAAACUUGCACUUGAAUGUGUGUGUUCGUGAGUAUAACAAAGAAAUUGAAAAGGUGUUGGAGCCUUUUGUGUACGAGUGGAUUCAGGAGAAAAAGGGUUCCAUCUCCGCAGAACACGGCUUGGGUUUCCAGAAGAAGAACUACAUUGGCUACUCAAAGAGUGAUGUGGAGAUUCGCAUGAUUAAGGACAUCAAGGGACAUUACGAUCCCCAGGGCAUAAUGAACCCAUACAAGUAUGUCUAA